GGAGUGCCAGCACGUGAUGCCGCGGCUGAGGUCCCUGGUGCCCAACUCUGUCCAAGGGGCGGCCCUCCUCUCCUGCAAGCUGCGGGUGCUGUCGACGCUGCUGCCGCAGCUGCAGAAGCGCGGGCACCGCUGCCUCAUCUUCUCCCAGAGCACGCGGGUGCUGGACCUCAUACAGUGCUGCGUCCUGCGCACGCUGGGGCUCAAGUUCUUGCGCAUCGACGGCACCGUCGAGGCGAAAGACCGCGACCUGAAGCUCGCGAAGUUCCAGCAGCCGGACUCGCGCUAUUUCUGCAUGUGCCUGAGCGUGCAGACGGGUGGCACGGGCCUCACGAUCACAGGCGCCGACCGCGUCAUCCUGGUGGACCCGGCGUGGAACCCCUCCGCCGACGCCCAGGCGAUCGACCGCGUGCACCGCAUCGGGCAGCAGAAGGACGUGGUGAUCUACCGCCUCAUCGCCGCCGGCGCCAUCGAGGACAAGAUGUUCCGGCUGCAGGUGUUCAAACGCGGGGUGUCGAAGAGCUACCUCGAGCAAGAGCAGCAGCUCCGCUUUUUCUCGCACAAGGAGCUAAAACAGCUCUUCGAGCCGCCCAGCGAGGCCUCGUCCACGCAGUCCCUGAUGGCGGAGCAGAUCGGCACCGAGGC